AUGAACGAAGCGGACGUGGACAGUGGCGGUCCCGAGAAACCGCAGGACGCCCCGGUACAGGCGACACGGGAAGUGCAAGCACAGCAGACGGAAAUAGCGGCCUCCAUCGUCCGCUCCAGCUUGGCCGAAAUCGAGACGCAAGCGUCAGCGAUGCUGAACCAGCUUGAAUACGUGCGAGCUUCUACAGCCGCGCCACAGCAAAAACAUCAGGUGCCGCAAUACCGAGAUUCAUCGGACGUGACACCACCUGCGUCACCACAACCGCCAGCUGCUAGCAGCACCACGGCGGAACCGAAUAAAAAAACAUCCGCCGAAGUGAUGACCACACUCGAGUUUCUACUCGCGGAAGAGCUCACCGACGACGAGCAGGAAUUCGUGUUGCCCUCGCUCGACGAAACGUCCCACCUGGCGGUGUUGCAACACUCGACUGCAGCCUAUAUGGGCUCACUCGAGAGACACCAGCUGACACGGGUUGUAUCGCGUCUCGCUUCGCAAACGGCCGGCUGGCUCGGUAGUCUGUUUAAGUUCAAUAACUACCAAACGAGCUACUGCCGGGACGAUGCAGAGUGCACGUUGCAGGUAAUUCGGCUCGCGCUUGUCCACCAGCACCUCGAGGCCAGGCAGGAGGCGCGCCCACCGGCGUCCUCACCUACCAUCUACAUCGCCGAGCUGAGCCAGCUCUUUACGGUGCAGAGUGCGUGCCGUUACCUCGGGCUACCGCUGACUUGCAUACGCGUGGUACCGUGUCAGCGGCCAGACACUGCCGUCGAAGGCAUCGUCAACUGUAUGGACAUGCAGGAGUUCGAGAACAUGCUAGAGAAGGACGUGGUAGCCGGUCGAGAGCCGCUGCUACUGAUUACCACCGUUGGGAGCCCACUGACGGGUGUAUCGGACGAUUUACACGUGCUUAGCGACAUUUGCGCCUCACACCGCAUGUGGUUGCAUGCUCAAGGACUUGGUUUAGCCGCUCUCGCGCUUACCAAAAGCUGGAUGUUUAAGCCGAAACGACUGCCGAACUCGAUGACACUCAGUCUCGGCUGCUGGCUUGGAUUGACCGGUGUUCCCUCUGUGCUGGUGCACAAAACGAACACGAACAUUCCGAAGACCGUUUUCGACAGCGAUCCGAUCCUUUCGAACCGUGUCGCCUGCUUGAGCGUUUGGUCGGUGCUGCAGGUCCUUGGAGCCGAUGGCGUCAUUGAGCGUCUUUUCAACGCUUUCAAUUCGUGCCAGACGAUGACAAAAAUUCUGCUCCAGUAUGAAGGCAUCAACGUGCUGAGCAAGAUGGCAUUUCAGGAUUCGACCGAGCAGUAUCGCUACGCGCUAGAAGGGAUCCACAGCUACAACAUGCUGUUCGAACUAGGCGUACCGACGGUGCUAUUCCAGUUCGAUGGACGUACGAGCGGCCGAAAUGGCUCGAAAUCGGAUCCCAACCCGUCGACGGAUACCGAAGCAGCUCAAUCCGAGCAGGAAGGAGACGGCACCGAAAAAAACCCAUCCAACGCGCAGUACUAUGAGCGGCUGAACAGCUGGCUCGGCCAGAUUCUGCUGCGGGACUGCAGCCCGCUCAGUCUGGAAAUGAUCGAACACGAACAGCACGGCAUUUGCAUCCGGUACUGCCCGUUCGUACCCGGAUAUGGCGAACAACUGGCCACUCGGGGUCCCGCCAUGCUGGACGCGUUUGCCAGCUGCAUCGAGACGCAGAUUGAAAUUCUCCACUCGACCAUCCGGCAUCGGGCCCGUUUUCAGCAGCUUGUCGCCGAGAGUGGCGUGUUGCGGUUGAUCGAACUGCACGAUUGGGCCGGACUCGGUGGGGUUUACUACGUUCCCGAGGGCUGGGAAACGCUGCUCACCGAGCAAGCCAAGGGUGAGCUGAACAAGCUCAAUUCGGCGCUGGUCGAGGCGCUACAAGCGACCGAUAGUGCAUUUUCCCACGCCGUAAGCAGCGAUGGACUGAUCUGUGUCAGAUUCGGAAUGGUGACGAGUGAAACGGACGUCGAGGAGCUGCUUGAGUUGGUUGUCCAGACGGCACGUGUGGUGCAGGAGAACUCGAAGAUCCUCGACACGAUGUCCGAGAUCUUGAAGAAGGGAAUCGAGGCGGCCAUGAUCGAUCUGCAGCGCGAGGCGGAUGAGAAGCUAUGGCAAGAAGGUAUCCUGCGACAGGUUCCGUUGGUCGGGCGGGUCGUAAACUGGUGGUCUCCACCGGCCAAGGAAACCGGCAUGAAAGGCCGUAGCCUCAACCUCACACAGGGUGUUGUCGAGAGCACGGAGAACAUCUACAAGUACCACAUGCAAAUGACACCGAAGACGUCACAUCAGCUGCCCGGAAAUAAGGGUCCACCGGCACCGCUCGUGCAGAAGGCCCUCAGCACCGAAGCAGAAAGAUCCGUACAGCACUCGCGUAACGCCAGCUCGAGCAGUGAGCUGUCGGGAGGUACGGGAACUAAUGCACCGGGUACCCGUGCCAGUCUGGCCGCACCCGCAAAACCACCACCGACCGAGCCUUCCACGCCUCCGGCCUCGGAACCGCAAGUUGCGAGCUCAUCAGACGCCACUGGCACCGAACCGUAA